AUGGCCAAGCGAAUCUACCAAGACUGGAAGGGAAAAAAUGUAAGAUAUUACCACAGUCAUAUGUUUUGUUUCGUCCCCUGGUAUUACCUCUCUUAUUUUCUCAUCUUCAACUAUGUUGAUCCCUUUCGUGCGUUUCUACAGAAGUCCCAGUUUGUGCGAUUUCAGUGUGAAACUGUAGGGUUUCUGUUGUACUCGGAAUGGCUGUCCGUCUUUUCGAAUUUAGUCACAGUAGAUUAAUUUUCGGCUUAUUUAGGUAGCGGUGAAUGUGUGUUGAGUCUGGUUGGUUCGCUUGAGAUAUGCUGAAUGCGUGUGAUUUCUCAUUUUGCCACUGGAUUGAUGCUCCGUAUUACUUGAUUUUUUCGCAUCGGGCGCCAGUAGCUCCAUUGGAUCUUGCCAGUCGAGGGUUUAGGUUCCUUCGUUUUUUGGUCGAAGUAAAAGGUGGUUUUAGGGGUAUGGCCAACUUUUUUAUUCUUUUUUUCGACAAUCUCUGUUGGUUUUGGACAUUUCAGCUGAUUUUCUGCACUUACCCGUUGCAUUCUUUACAGAGAGGUCUGCCUUCUUCUUCAUCUAAUGUUUCUCUUGGAAUCUAUACCCGUUGCAUUCUUGUUCCUUCCCUAUUUACAAACGAUGUAUUACAAGUGAUCUGAUUACCCAGUUUCUUAUUUGGCUUGAUUUAAAUCAUUUAGCUUAAAAGAAUGUAAUAGGAGUGAACUAGUAUGAUUAUUCGAAUGUGAUUCAGCAUUUGUUGUCCAUACAGGAACCAGUAAGUUCCAUUAUUUCUACUAUCCCUUAUGCUACAUUUUGGCUCUGAAGAUGUCUUACCUCCCUUGUCUUACAUUGAGACCUUUCUUAUUCAGAAUGUAUUCACAUGAAAUUUUCCCGGAAAAACUGGUAAAAUUCAGUUGUUCAACAUUCUAGGAUGCUACUAAAAUGAUUCCCAACGACGCUACUUGUCAUUUAUCUCCAAUGAUUGGUAGUACAUCGUGAUGGUUUGACAUUUACCUUGCCUUAUUCCUCUUUCCUCCUUCCUCUGAGAUGAACAGUAGUACCUAAUCAUUAUUUAUCCAUCCACAUUCUUUGAAUGAUGUAGUAUAUGUCAGUGACUGGUAACACUUUAUUGGGGCAUCUUGGUCAAACUUAGCUAUUAUGUUUUUAAUCACACUUGAAUCAGGGUCAUGUUAGUCAUCGUUCCACGACACAAUUUUCAAAUAGAGCUAGUCUAUGUUUAUUGCCAAGCCCAAAGCCAUAUACUAUUUAUUGCUCUUCUUCUCUUCUCUCCAUCUUAAGUAUUUUUUUCUUUCAUCUUCACAUCCUACACAACUUUCUAUCAGAGAGUUUCUACCACCAGGUUCAAAAUCCAAGUUUGGUUCAUAUAGGACUUGCAGAAACUAGAGAAAACUUAACUUCCCAUCUCUCCCUUUUAGUAUUCUGUGCCCACAGAGAAUAUCAAAUUAUGGCACCAUGCACUCCUGCAUUUUACAGGAAGAUCCACUAGAUCUCACCAUUGUAGUUGGCCAAGAUUAAAUCUAUUGAGCCUGGCAAGAAGGUCCCAGAUAAAUCGUCACUUGCUCAACAUCCGUUGUUGGGCUGAAUCACGUUGUUCCUCACAACUGUGCCAAUAAUGAGAUAGAGAAAUUCAAGCAUAAGUUAGAAACAUGGUACCUAAUGUAAGUUCUGAUCACUAUUUCCUGCUGUUUGCUCCAUAGUUGCCAUCAGAUCUGUCUUUAAAUCCUUGUCACUGAUGGUAGUAGUUCCAUCUCAUGAACAAUGGAUAAUGUAUAACUGGUGUGUUCAUGGUAUGGCCUCUCUAACUGCCUCUUAUUGAAUUUAUGUGCCGACAGCUGCUGUGGUGCAUCUGAUUUAGCCUUGACCCCAUGCUUUAUCGAUGGCAGGAUGAUUCCCUUCAUAUAUUUUAUAACUCGUACCUUCAUAUAACCCUCAACCAUAGCUUUGCAAACGUCACUGGUCGGCAUGUCUCUGAGUUUUCACUGAGGCACACUGCCAUCUAAAUUCCGUCCUUUUCACAGCCAGCUUUAGAGCUACCGUAUUGGAAAUAGCAUGUCUAUCAACCAGAGGACUCCAGUCUUCUGCACUUGGUUUCCAGGUUCGGCAUGUAUUGUAUGAAGAUAUCCUUUGAUAUAUCGUUGAGAACGCCUGAACGAGGAAAUAACAUACAAUUGGAAAAUUGACCUUCAGAUUUCAACAAAUUUUCGUUCUUUCUAGUUUACUGUUUCUUUUCGCCCCAUGUUAAGUCAAUAGCCUGCUUGGCCCGCAUAAGAGGAGAAAUCUUGGAAAUCGAUUAAGUACUUAUACCUUAGUUAGAAUGCUUUACUCAAGAAGUAUAAAACUCUUCGAUAUUUGGGACAAACAAAUCACACCGACUAUUAUGUUCAUAUUUGAGGAUUGCCAAUCUCUUAUUCCACUUUGAUGGAUCCUCUGUGAUCUGAAAAGUGUAAAACUCUUGAAUGAAAGAAAAUGUAGACCAACUGUGGGUUACUCCUGUUUCAUUUAUUUAUGUGCCUUUAAAAAAAAUGUAUUUCUCAUCGUCUUCUUAUGUGACGUUCAUUCAGUUUGUAUGUUAUUUUUUAAUUGACUGAAUGCAGUGGGCUCCUAAAGUCUAUAUGGCAUUGGGGCUAUUGGGCACGCUAGUGCAAGAAAGAAACUAUUAUAAUUCUAUCCUUUAAACUGGAGCAUAAAUAUUUUUCAGCUUGAGAUUGAGAAAUGAUUACUAUUUAAUGAUUUGUGGUGCGCACAUGGGUAUACAUAGGCGCGUGGACACACACGUCAUGCACAUGAAUUGCUGGCAGGCGCGUGGGCAUGCGUGCACAUACAUGAACCACUGAGACGUGGGUGCGGGGGCACUUAGAUCUGCUGUGAUGGGCAUGGUUGAUCACUAAAGUCACGAAAAACAUGGAUGGAUGUAAACAGCAGUAAGGUAGCAUGGAGCAAAACAUUAGGCGGGAAAAUGAUAUGCAUGUUGUCAGGCGUUCAAUCUGGCAGUAAGUAUACAUAGUAGGAAAUAGGCUGAAUGCAAAUCAGGCCAUCAGUUGAUGAGGCAAUAACCCUCAUCAGUUGAUUUUGUUCUCUGCUUCAACAUUGAAAUUUUAUUGGGGGAACGAAUGAUGACUGCCACAUUGGUGGUCUGUGUGGUGCGAGAAUGUGGCCAUCUAAUUCUUUCGCUGAUGUGGCAAAAAUCGUCCUGUAAGGGGAAGUCAUUUGGAUAAGGAUCUUCCAGUAAGUCAUGCCUUACAGGGGCAGCUUCUCUUCCAUAAUCGCCAUCCCCAGGGCCAACGGUACUUCUUUGGACAAGAGAACUUUCCAGGGUAUUUGCUGCCUCCACUGGGGCAGUUGUCUUUGAGUGAAGUGGCCCUUCAUUAAUACUUCUUUGUUCCUAAGAAGUUCCCCUAAGGGCUGCUUUCAUGGCACCAAUCCUUUCCAAGAGGCCAGCCAAUCCUAAAAGGAAACCAGCCACCCUUCAAUGAAGACAUCUUUCUUCCAAAGAAGUUGCCCUUAUGAAGGGCAGAUUUCCAGGGGGGUCAGCCAGCUAAUGGGAGACUUUCUUUCAACCUUCCCUCCUCCCCGAUUCCCCCUCCUUCCAAGCAUGGCCUUCACUUGGAAGAAAGCAAUAACCUCAUUUACGACACUUCUUUGAGAAGACAUCGUGCAUACAUGUAGGCAGUCACCUGUUCAUGACAAUAAUGUGAGAAGACCACAACCAUGCAUGUGUAACUUCAUUCAUGUCAGCUUUGUGAGAAGACAGCAAGCUGGGAUGUGGAUGAGAACCUCUUUCAUGACAGUCUAGUGGGAGGACAAUGGUCAUGGAACAAUCUCAUCCACAUUAGUUUCAUGUUCUCAGCAACAGAUGAAAACAUGCAUGGUCCAUACUGCUGAUGCAUAAAACAAUAGCCAGAUGGUGAUCAAAUCUGCAUCUUGGAAGGACUCUACGUUACCAUAAUUCCGGAAGUACGGACAAUCUACAGAGGUUGGAGGGCCUCAAAAGAUGGCUUGAAUGAAGAAUGAAGACAUGCUAUUCAUAAGGCGUGGAUACAACAGUUGAAAUUGCACGAUCUGAUAGAAAUGAGAAAGGGUCCAUGGGAUUGUAUGGGGAGAGGGAAGGGAAGGCAUGGACCAAAAGAUUAAAACCAGAUGUAUUGGAACAGAUGCUUGCGUGAUGCUGGCAGCAUUUUGACUUCUGUGAGAAGUUGGAAUACUUGUCCACCUACUCAAUCUCCUAAACCAGGGCCAGAAAAGCUACCGAAAACCUAACCUUUCUCUGACCCCAUCUUAGUGAUAGAAACUUAAGAGCAUGUGUGUCAUAAGAUGAGUCUCUCUGUGAUAUUGGAGAGAGUGGCGGAGAAGACUCGGUUGAUAUCAGAAUGAGGCGACUGGGUCCAUUGUUUUUUGGUGGCGCAGAGCGGAUACCUAUUCUCACAACCGGCUUAUUUCAGUUCAAGAAUGAUAAAGGCUUGUCUAGAGUGGAGCUUGAGCAAUAGUCCCUUGAGGAUAAUGCACGGAGCUGUUUGGGAUUGAUUUAGAUACCUGAAAGAUGUAUUUGGGUGUGACUGGUAACGGGCGAGUGGAAAAUUCUCAGGUCCCCGGUAUUCAAGUUGAAACGCUGAAGGCCACUAAAAGAAGGGGAGAUGGCAGGUAAGAAUUUGAAAAGCGCCUUGAAACGAUUUCAAUCACAAUUCAGAGUACCAGGAUAUUAUUUUUAAAAAAGCAAUACCAGGGCGAUUGAUAAAUCCGAUGUUAACCAGUUUUUAUACGUACAAGGGUAAUGCAUAAAACGAUAGCAUUGGGCAGUCUAAUAUUUGGACGUAUAGGAUAACCCUAAUUUGUUCUCUGCUCAUUGAUCUUUUCCCUUUGCUGUUUGGACCCUGGAUGCUUGUGCUAUUGCUCAUUCUGAUUUAGUGAUAAUCAAUCAGAUCUGAGUCAAUGAUCAGAUCAGGCUCUGGUCGUGGUGAUAUUAGCUGUGGUGGAAAGCCAUCAUGAUUCUUUUUCAUAAUCUGCAGUUUGCUGUAUUGUGUGCUUGCUCGUUUGGUGGUGGUAAUGUCUGCUGGGUGUUGCUGUUGUUGAUGGAUGCUGCUGCACAAGAAAAAAGAAAAGGUUUGAAGGGAAGGGAAGGCCGGAAGAGGCCAGUGCUUCAUGCCUGUGUUGCGCGGUUCAAGUGAAUCCUAUACAAUUUGCAACUUCUAACUAAAGUGUUAAAAAAGAUCUUGCUUGAAUAGGAAGUCAGUCUGCUGGAAGAGGUAGGGAUUGGAGGCUGGUCGAAAUCAGUGGCCCGAUUUGAUUUUGGGCAAUGGUUUCUGCACUCAGUAACAGUACUUGUAUCUGUAGUACUCAUCGAUCUGAGUGUACAACAUUUCAUAUAUUACCGAAGAUCUUAAGAUCUCUUUUGCUCCAGUCAUAUCACUUUCACCUGCACUAAUUUUAUAGAUACCACCUGUUUCUGAUGAUCUUUGUUACUCCAUACCACUUAAAGGUUUUAAUCUCUAAGAUACGUCAUCUUAGUUCUUGUAUCUGCAGUGCUCAUCGAUCUGAGACUACAACAUUUUUUCCCUAUCACCAAGGAUGUUAAAAUCCCCUUUGCUCCAGUCAUAUAUGACUGACUUUCACCUGCACUAAUUUUAUAGAUACCACCUGUAUCUGAUGAUCUUUAUUACUGCAUAUCACUUAAAGGUUUUAAUCUCUAAGAUACUUCAUCUUGGCCUUACCUGCUUGCUUGGGAUUUCUCUCACUGGUUGGAAAAAUCAAGCUAAUUUCCCUUAAGAUUUACCUGCAAACUCUCGUAUGAACUAACAUAAUAGUGAUCUGAUCACUUUUUCAUAUGGCAUUUGUCCUUUUCAUCCUUACAUUUCGUUCUAACAACUGAUUCAUCAAAGGAGCAGAAAUAACAUCAUCUUUUUCUUUUCUUUUCUUUUCUUUUCUUUUCUUUUUCUUUUACCAGAAGUUCUUCUUUGGUGGGAGAUGUAUAUUCGGACCUGAUGCGAAGUCGCUGCUCAUGACCAUAUCGCUCAUUGUUGUGCCUGUUGUCAUCUUUUGCGUGUUCGUUGCAAGUCAUCUUCUGCACAGGUUUUCUUCAUAUAAUGCGGGAUAUGCUGUUCUUGCCAUAACAAUCGCUUUUACCGCCAAUGUAAGUAUUCCAUGCCCCUUGGUUGCUUCAAUAAAUAUGGACACGCAAUUAAUGAAAACGCAGCAGCCGUGUUUUUCCUAAAAUAGGAAUUCCUAAAACACUUUUGGAUCUGCUUCUGACAUUGAGAUGUGGGCUGAGACAUCCUGUUCCAUCGCAUUCAGCUUCUCAUUACUAUAUAUAGAAGCUCAUUCUCCCCUUCCCCGCGCGGAUGACCUGGGACGGGUUCAGAUGCUGCAGGCUUUAUCCGUUUGGGUUAGAUGCAGGGCAGCAGGAUCUUGUAAAAGCCUUUGGAAGUAUCAUCUAGUAUUUUGGUGUAUAUUUAUUUUUUUCCUCAUUUGGUCAUCCUGUUUGCUUAAUUCGGCAUUGCGAUGAAGACAUUGCAGCCGGUCAACGAUUUUAUAUCCUAUUUGCGGUAAUGACGGCCAAUGCAGGUACUGUUGCUCCUGCUUAUGACGUCAUCCCGGGAUCCUGGGAUUAUCCCACGUUCAUCACAUCCCCCAGAGGAAGAGCUUUCCUAUGAUCCUUCGAACGCAGUUGACGCUGGGGGUAGGCCUACACCGAGCCUACAGUUCCCAAGAUUCAAGGAAGUCAUGGUCAACGGCAGGCCGGUCAAAGUCAAAUACUGUGAGACGUGCAUGCUCUACCGCCCCCCUCGGUGCUCUCAUUGCUCAAUAUGUGAUAACUGUGUGGAGCGGUUCGAUCAUCACUGCCCGUGGGUCGGGCAGUGCAUUGGACAGGUGGGUCCCGUCAGGCUGUUCUUCAGCUGCUCUCGUCCUGAUACCUUGCCUGCUCAAGCCAUAACUAUAUUUAUCGAUUUUCUGACCAUGCAAAAAAUUCUUGCUAAAAAAAAUAUUUAUUUUCAGAAAAUAACCAUUUUUCCAGUCUGCAGGAACUGGGCUCUCGGAUUUAUUUAUUUAUUUUCUAUUUUGAGAGUUAUCUCCUGCAUUUAUUUGGAUGCAGCGGAACUACCGUUACUUCUUCAUGUUCGUCUCAUCGUCAACGGCCCUCUGCAUCUUCGUGUUCGUCAUGUCGGCUCUCUACAUCAAGUUUCUUAUGGACGAAGAUUACCCAACCGUCUGGAAGGCCAUGAAACAGUCUCCAGCCUCGGUCAUUCUAAUGACGUACUGCUUCAUCUCUCUCUGGUUCGUCGGCGGCCUCACCGGCUUCCACCUGUACCUCAUUGGCACCAACCAGGUCAACCCCCCACCAUCCUAAUCAGAUGAAGCUUCUUCCUUUAGGACAUCGACCCAAUGAUUCCCGAAUGUCGUCUCGAUUGACUUUAUUUCCGUAGUUAGAGUUGAUAUCUGUGUGUGUCUUGCUAUCUCUCUUGUUCAGACAACGUACGAGAACUUCCGGUACAGAGCCGACAACAGGGUCAACGUCCACGACCGAGGGUGCCUGAACAACUUCCUGGAGGUGUUCUGUUCGGGCAUAAAGCCCUCCCGGAACGAAUUCCGGGCCCACGUUCAGAAGGAAGCGCCGGCGGGCGGCGGCGCAGCCAGGGAAGUGGAGGACGACUUUGCAGGUGAGCCCCGGGCGAAGGUUGAGGACGACCUGGAACUCGGCGGCGAUCUCCUGAAAAUCUCCCAGCGGCUCUACGACGAGGAAACAGUCGACGAAUUCGGCGCGAGGAGCAGCAACGGGCUGCGCGGCGGCGCCGCUGCCGCCGCUAUCUUGGAAGCCGAGUUUGCCGGCGGCCUGGAGGCGGCGCCGCCGGUGCACCGGCCGGAGACGCGGAACUCCAGCUGGGGAAGGAGGAGCAGCAGCUGGGACAUCUCGCCGGAUAUCCUGGCCAUGAAGGCCUCCGCCGAAGGAGGCGCCGCCGCCGCUGCCGCUCCCUCGAAGAGACCUGCCGCCCACCACCACCACCGGUCUCUCCACCCCCGCGGGAGUGAGGACGCUUAA